AUGGCAACUCAAUCACGGGGUUAUUUGCUUGUGGGAAUUGAUUUCGGCACAACUUACUCGGGCAUUGCCUGGGGCUGGUCAGAAAGGCCAGAAGUUCUGAACGUGGUGAUGGACUGGGAUGGCAUAGAAGGGCAGAAAACCAAUGUUAAAGUCCCUACAAAAAUCCUUUAUAAAGGCAACCAAAUCAAAUGGGGUUUCGACAUACCGCCAGACGAAAAGCCGCUGCAAUGGUUUAAGCUACUUCUUCUCAGAGAGGAAGACAUGGUGCCACCAUAUAUGGAUGCGGAGGUUCGCAACUCGGCUUACCUCAAGGAAGCGAGAGAGAUGUUAUUGAAGUUGAACAAAUCGGCUGAGGCCGUAGUUGCUGACUAUCUUGGGCUAUUGUGGAAGCACUUGCUGAAAUCUAUUCGAACAACGAAUGGGCAGGCUUCGAUUGAUGGUCAACCUUUUCGAGUUGUAAUUACGUUCCCUGCAAUUUGGCCUCUGUAUGCGCAGAGUAGAAUGAGGAAGGCCGCGUACGCUGCCGGUAUCAUGGAUCCGAGGCAUGGUGGAGAAACAGAGUUGACCCUAUGUCCAGAGCCAGAGGCGGCAGCAAUAGCUGUGAUGGAUGACUUCGAUGGACAUCCAGUAGAGAGUGGAGAUAUUUUUGUGAUAUGUGACGCUGGAGGUGGAACAGCGGAUCUCAUCACAUAUCGACUAGAGGAUAUAACAAUGUGGGAAAUGUCCGAAUGUGUAGGCGGUGCAGGUAAGCUGUGUGGUGCCAUGUUGGUCGACGAGGCUUUUGACAAGAAGAUGGGAACUUGGAUUGGGGAGAGCAAGUGGGCCAAGCUUGCAGACUCCACAAAGAGAGAAUGGAUGGGACGGUACUGGGAGGAUGAGUUGAAACGAAGCUUCAACGGCACAGACCGUGAUUACAGGAUAACAUUGCCUGUCCAAGUGCUUGUGAAGCAAAGCCUGAAAAUUAAUAUGUGGCCAAGGAAAAAGACUACGUCGAAACCAGAGCGGAAGGGGCUUGAGCUGCGUCUCCAGAGGGCUGAUAUUGAGGGUGUGUUUGAUGGUACAAUCAACCAGAUCGUUCAACUCGUACUCGAACAAAUCCAUAAGACUCGGCAGCGCGAGAAUAAGCCGCCGAAGGCAGUAUUUCUCGUGGGCGGUUUCGGGCAAAGCCCAUAUCUCUACAGUCGCCUUCAACAAGAAGUCCGUCAAAUCAGCUCGGCGACCGAAGUUCGAAGACCAUCACAGGAUAGAGCUUGGGGGGCAAUCGUUCGAGGGGCACUGCUGAAAGCAUCUAUUUUGAAUCGACAUGAUGGAGAUUAUCUGAUGAGAGCCGAUAUAAUCUCAAGGAAGGUGAGGACAUCAUAUGGCAUUGCGAUAAUCGAGCCAUUCGACCCAGAUAUCCAUAGUCAAGAUGAUAGACAGUAUGUCGCUGCUCUGGGCAAAGAGUGUGCAGUCAAUCAGAUGCAUUGGUACAUUCAGAUGAAUGAAAAUGUCACGGCCCAUCAAUUCAUUCGACUGGACUGGAGCCGCAAAAUUCGAAGCCCUCUUCCACGUCAACGAUUCACAGUUACACUCUUGAAGUGUGACAGGGAGAAUCCACCCCGACGGAGAAAUGACGAUGUUAGAGUCGAAGGCGAGAUAGUUUGCCAUAUUAAUACGCCUUUCGACCACUUACCCCAAUAUACCAAUCCGAAUGGUGAGGUAUGGAGGAGUCUGGAUUUCCAAGUCGAGAUGAAGCCGUGUGGUACCAUGGUAGAGUUUGCAGCAUACUACAAUGGACAGAGGCAACGGGCCCUCCAGGUGAAUCCACCAUUUGCAACAUCUGAAGGGGAUAGCGCUCUGAGAUCAUCAAUGUACGCCCCUUCUCCGGCUAUUCCGCUUCCUGAUCAACCGGAUUUAUAUUCCUUAGAAGAGGCGCAGAUCAGUAGGAGAAACGGGACACCACCUAGACUGAUGAACGGCCAUUCUGUCUGAUCGGAUGCAGAGUUGACAGCUGAUCUAUUUGCGUGGCGGAGUAGAAAAGAUGUUUUAAUGAUGUCCUUCUGGACUCUGAGGUGUAGCUUCAUAUGGAACGCGUCCGUUUGAGUUGAAGAGAUUCGAACCAUUGCGACCGAAGAAGAGACGAGUUGAAGAGCGAGGAUCUAGGUGACUUCCAAUUGGAAGGUCAGCGAAAGCCAAUGCGCGAGGAAUAUGGUGUUAGUUAAGAGAGGUUUGGCCCGGAACGCAUUUUUGCCUCACUAAACCUCUAAAAUCAGCCGCACACCACCUACUAGCGCUUACUAAGGCAAAUUAUCUUAUAUCCACACGGGCGUAAGGCUAUUUUAAUAUUGUAAAUUAAUAUUCAUAUAUUAUUCUAUUGUUUCCGA